GACAGUUUCCAGCUGAACUCCAGUGGGUGUCGGGGUCAGGAAGAAUUUUCUCAUCCAUCGUCAUUGUACCAAUUGUCUAUAAAAAAUAUUGUGUGAGUCAGGUUCUGCCUUCAAAUGGAGGCUAUCUAAUUGCAAACCACAGUUCAUCAGCAUAAAGGUAAAAAUGAAUGACUCUGACGUUUUCAAGAGUAAAAGCAAAGACCAAACAGAUGGUCCAGUGAUGAGUCUGGGCAGCAAGAAAGGCGUCAGGGUAACUGGGAAACAUUUGCCUCCAGAGGACCUGAGCAGCAGUUCAGAAGGUCCAGAAAUUGUUCAUUCAUCUCUCAGUACCCAGAAAACUUCAGAGGCUCCUGCAAUCGUCUCCAUUGUUCCUCUGCCUCAAACGUCUCCAGAGCAGGCUGGUGGUCUCAGGGUGGAUGAACAUGACGACUGGAGAAGAGAAACAUCCUCUCAGACUGGGGCCUUCUUUAAUAAGAUGGGUGUUCACCGCCAGACCAUCGAAGAGCUGCAGACCAUCCUGAAGCACAGCCCUUUGCUCCAAUGUCCAGAAAGAGAAGACAGAAAACCAGGAGGUCCUUAUACGUACCUCCAUGAGAGCAGAAGCAGAGGAGGAGCUGACGGAUGGGAGGACAAUGGAAACCAUCACAGGACUUUCAGCACCUUCAAACCUCAGUUUGAUGCUACCAGAACAGGGGCCAGCUCCAGAGACAGCUCAUCUAUUCAGCUGCCUCCCACCAUGGAUUCAUCCAGCUCAUUCAGGUCCACCACCAAAACCAGUAGAGUGCCUGGAGUCAGGAUUGAUUCUAACAGCAGCUGCUGUGGAGAGACUGCAGAUUGUCACUCAGGUCAGAGCUCACAUUUAUUCUUAAUUUAAAUGAAAACACAUUCAUGAGCAGAUAGAUACAUUUUAGAUAAUGGUUUUAAUUUCCAAGACUG